AUGGCUAGAACAAAGCAAACUGCAAGAAAAAGCGGAGGAGGUAAAGCUCCAAGAAAGCAAUUAGCGAUGAAGACACCAUCAUUAUAUAACACCGGAGGUCUCUUCGCAAGACCAACAAAGAUGGCGGUGAAAAAGAGUGCACUGAAAAGAAGGCCCACUGCAAAGAAGGCAGCUAGGAGAUCUACAAAAGCAUUUUCAAAAAAGGCCAGGCCUGAUAGACUCUGGGACCAGAAUCAGUUUGGGACCACUACUUCACUGAAGAAAAAGGCUGAUGGAGGAUCUAAUAGCCAAAAUGAGGUCCUAGAGGUUUUUACGAAGCUGUUGUCUAAGAAAAUGAAGAAGAGCCUCGACCAAGAGGAUCUGAGAGGUCAUACUCCUCUCAUCAUUGCUAUCAGAAAUGGCUGGUACAAUAUGGCAAUGGAUCUUAUUAAGAAAGGAUUUUAUGAUGAGAACAGAGUUGAUGUCUAUACUAAGCUAUCUCCUUUGCAUCAUGCAGCUGCUAUUAAUGAUGAGGAGUUCUUGAGUCUCCUUAUCAAGACCUUCCCUAAUCACGUUAAUUCUAAAGAUAUGAAGAAAAAUACUCCAUUGCAUUAUGCGAGUCAUAAGAGAAAUAAGAAGUAUAUGGAACUUCUGGUAAACGCAGGCGCUACAGUGAAUGCAAAGAAUGUUGAAGGAAACACUCCUCUCCAUUUUGUCUGUUUAAGCAACAAUCCACAAAAUGACCACUCAGUCAAGAUAGAGGAGCUGCUGAUUACAGCUAAGGCAGAUGUAAACAGCAAAAACAACAGAGGAGAAACACCUCUUCACAUGAUUUUCAAAACAGAGAAUGAUAAGAACGAACUUAUAUCUUCAGGAAAGUUCGACCCAAUCGCCAUCCUAAUGGUGUUGAUCAAAGCAGGUGCAGAUGUAACCAUCGCCACAGACUCUAAGCUAACGGCUCUCCACUUUGCAUGCAUCAAGGGGUCAACCAUUUCAGCUCUGACUUUACUCAACAAUGGAGCGGAUUGUGAUGCUCAAGAUCUGUUUGAGACAACACCUUAUGGGUAUGCUCUGAAGAACAACCACGAGGAUCUCUGUAUCUUCCUUAUUCAGAAAGAAAAUGAUGUUGAUAUCCCCAUCAACGAACUGGUGGUGGACGAUGAGCAUAUCUGUAAUCAGCUUGGAGAAAUUAGAAAUAUGAUAAAUUCUGAAGAAGUCAUGGGGCUUUUGGAUAAAAAGAAUGAACUAGAAGGUUUGAGUGAUAAGGAACAGCUCGACAAAGAGUACAAGAAGCUCAAAGCUCAUAGUCCUUUCUACUAUGCUAUUAAGAACAACAUGCAAGGAAACAUCUUCCUUCUGUUGCAGAAAGGGUUUGAUCAGUAUUCUGCCCUUUGUGAAUCAAUCAUUCAUAACAAAUAUAACUUCUUUUUAUCUGUGAUUGACUCUAUUGAUACAAAAAAUCUUCACAAGGAAAAGACUGAUGAAGGGAAGAAUCUUCUUCACAUUAUUGCAGAUAACUAUAACCCACAUCAGGUUGAUAGGGAAUUGUUUGACGAAGUUUACAAGCUCAUUAUCGAUCUUGGAUUUGACACUGAUGCUCAAGACAACUAUGGAAGAAUCCCUCUUCAUUAUGCUUUAAAGAACCAAAACUUAGAUAUUACUACUAGACUUCUUGAAGGAAAGAAAAAUAGAAUUGACCUUCUCAACUCUAAAGACGAUGAAGGUCUUAGUGCUUUCAGUAUGCUCUACGACCAAGUUUCAAGGAGCCCAGAUUCAGGAAGCCCUCUUGCCAAAUUUGCUGAUUUGCUAGGAGAAGAUAUUGGGAAGCUAAAUCCUUUCGUGAAGUUCAGAAAGUUGAGCCAUCCAUACUCAUUCCUCUCUUACGUCCUUGAAGAUGGAAUCAUGAUACAUCCAUUGGUUCUACUAGUUGACAGCAUUUUCAAGAACUAUAGUGCAGGAUAUAGAGGUGGCAUGUUUGGUAGCAACAACGCUAAUAAUGAACCAAACCCAUUGGAUUCAUUAAAGUACGAAAUCGAGCAUCUUGAUCUCGAGAGUUCAAUGACUCUGGAUCUUUCAAUGAAUGAUAAGGACCAAGAAGACCUCAAUUUCAUCGAUUGGUUGUUCAAACUAGGAAAAGUGAGUGUCCUAAAGAACAGUUAUUUCAAGACACCAGUAUUUGAGUACCUCAAAGUGAAGAAGAAUCUCAGGAAAGUUGAAGCUAUUCUAGCUACUCCGUUCAAAGAUGACAUCUUCAUUAAUGUGCCUAGGAUCGUUAAGUUCGUCCAAGAAGCCUACAGUGUUGAACUAAAUGUAGAAGGAUUUGACUCAGCUGAUGAUUUCCAGGAGAUCGACGAUGACAUGAGGUCCCAUCACGAGGAAUUCGCUCUUAGAAUCACAGGAAAGAAAGGCGCUAAAGCACGUCUUUAUGAUCAUGAAGCAGACUCAGAGAAGUACCUUGACAAAAGAAUCCCUGAACUAGAGGAAGAAAUGAAGAAAUCUCUGGACAAGAAGGGCAAGAAGCUAGAGUGCAUUAUUGACUCUAACCAAGAUACCGAAAAGCAUUGUGUGGUGGUCAAUGAUGAGUUUGAGACCAAGCAUUACUUCGAUGUGGUCAUGAAAAAAGUUGAUAUAAAGAAAUACUACUACGGACUUGAUAACUUCUACUGUAUGCAGAUCUUGAAGGACGAAGUGAAGGACCUCUAUAUCCUCUGGACUAGAUGGGGAAGGACAGGGACUUAUGGGCAAUAUCAAAGAACUCCUUUUAAAAAUAUCAUACUUGCUAGGGAUGAAUUUUGUCGAGUUUUCAAGCAGAAAUCCGGCUGGAAAUGGGAAGAAGUAGAUAACUUUGUUAGGUCACCUAAGAAAUACGAGCUCAAGAGACUUGGAGGAAAGCUCUUGAUAAAAUCAGACCACAAGCUGAAGUUCAGCAGCAGAGACAUUGACUAUCAGCAAUUGGUAGUUGAUAUGAACAGUAUAAAUUCCUCUGUCAAGCUAAAGUGUGGAGAAGAAUUAGUGAAGUUCCUUGAUCCCCUCCUUACCAAUCAGCAACAGCUAGAUAGUCUAGAGUCCAACAAGUUUGAUAAAUGCUUGUUCUUAUUUUCUCCAAAGGACAAGGCAACUAUUGAGAAAGGUAUCAAGAUUUUAGAAAAAAUCAAGAAAAAGCUGGAGCAAGGAAAUAGGUGUAGAAUCAAGCAGAACUUUGAAGAUUACGUGGUUGUAAUGGACCAAGUCAGCAAGCUCAAUAGCGAAUAUCUUGAAGUAAUUCCAAAGAACAAUCCAGAAAUGAUUAGCUGCAUCCUGAAUUCUUACGAGUGUGAUAGUGAAAUCAAUAUUUUGAAAGCACUGUUUGAGACAUCAUUCCAGUUCAGAGCUGUGCUUGGAGCUUAUGAAAAUGCAAAUAAGGUCAACCCUUAUGACUAUAUUUUAGGAUCUCUAGAUGUUGGCUUAGAAGCCCUUCAUCCUGAAAGUGAAGAAACUAAUCUUAUCUUGCACAACUUGAAUUCUCAGCAGAACUCUCGUAUGACUUUGAAGAAUAUCAUAAAAGUGACUGGAGCAAAAUAUACUAGUAAAGAGGACAAAAUUUUCUUGGCAACUGGGAAUCAUAGAAUGUUGUGGCACGGAACUCCAGCUUCAAAUAUUAUCAGUAUUUUGAAUAAAGGUCUGAGGAUCAAGCCACCUCAUGGGGGCUCUCAUGGUAGCAGAUAUGGUGACGGAAUCUACUUCUCAGACUCCUUUGAUCUCUCUCAAUGCUAUGCAAGUCAGAGUGGGAAUGACAAAUAUGUAUUGCUCUGUGAAGUUGCAACUGGGACUACUGCUCAUAUCCUUCACAUGGAUAACGAGGCCAUCACAAAUAUGGAAGGUAUUGACUCAGUGAGAGCUAUGGCUUCUCAAGGGCCAAAUUGGGACUCUAUGCUCUAUCAUAAGGGUGUCAUCCACCCUGUUGGAAGAAGUAUUAACUAUGAGAAUGCUUUAAUCUCUCACAAGGGAGAUAAGGUCUACAACAAUUACUCUGAAUUUGAACUUCAUGUCAAAAAGAAAGUAAAAAAUGAGAUUUCGAAAGAAAUCGAGAUCAGUGAGAGCGAAUCUGAAGAAGACAUGGAAAUUAGCAGCGACUCUGAAGGAGUUACUAUGACUAAAAGAAAGUCCGCUGCUAACCAAUUCGUUCUUUUUAGAGGUGACAGAGAAGCACUUCAUCCAAAUGAAGUAACAGCUGGAGUUAGCAAGUUGAUUAAGAACAAUAGAGACAAUGCUUGGGCCUUCCAGUAUCAGAAUCAUAGAAAUGAGUGGAUUAUCUAUGACAAGGCUCUUGUAAGAGUCAGAUACAUCGUGCAGCUUGAAAGUUCAUACUAAGCUGUUACAU